UGUCGCAUGUAUCCGGGGUAACAUUCUAUCUUCCUAAAGGUCAUUGCCCUGUGAUGUACAGAAAUAUUCUUCUCUCGUUCUCUCUGUGUCUGCUUGGACAUCAUGUCGGGCAGGUGCGCUGUGAGAAGAUACUGAUGAUUCCAAAUCCACAGUACAGCGUCUGCCGAGCUUUGCUCAGCAUGACCGAUGACCUGAUCCUGAAGGGCCACGAUGUGACGGUCUAUCAACUGCAAGGCUUUCAUGCCCUGUGUCCAGGUGAUAACAAGACAAAAGUCAUAACCUACAAACCCACGGGCCUGGACUUUCAGAAGGAGAUGGCAAAAUGGCGGGAAUUCAUGAGGAAGGUUAUGGUAAGCAAUGCUUGGGCGAAAUCAUUCCGUGCCGUCCUACACAUGGCUGAAGGUCAAGAAAUCAUCUGUAGGACAGCGCUUGGAGACGGAGACGCUUUCCGACAGAUCAAAGAGGGAAACUUUGAUUUCGUUGUGAUGGACGGUGCCCUAUGUAACUCUUGCUACGCCGUCAUACCAUAUGUGUUAAAAAUUCCAUUCGCUAUUUACGGAGACGUUUUGCUCCACUGGCCCGGUCGACAAUCCUUCAGACCUCAUAAGGAACCAGACGUUAUAAGUCCAGUUUCAGAUAUAAUGGCUCCUGCGGAUAUGGCUCUAAAUGCCCUGAUUAUGUUUCUCAAAUACGUAUACACAAUAUAUCACGUCCCCAUGCAACACGUGAAACGCAUUGCUCCAGAGCUUACCAGAAAGCAGACAGUGGACCUUCUGUUUGGUGCGCAAAUAUACCUGGAGAACGAUGACGCCAUCCUCGGUUAUUCACAUCCCAGGCCCCCAAAUUCUAUUUUAAUAGGAGGCAUUAUGACGAAGCCGGCCAGACCAUUACCUGCUGACGUUGAACAGUUUUUGAAUAAGGCCAAAGGAGGUGCGAUUCUUAUUGCCUUUGGGGGCUCAAGUUAUUCCCACUUUCCAGAUGAGCUGGAGGAAAUAUUUAACAAAGCAAUUUCUGAGGUAAAUAUGCCAAUUAUAUGGAAGCACAACGUUAACAAGACGGAAGGCUCCAUGAUGAAGAAGACGUGGUUGCCUGUCAACGACAUUCUGGCUCAUCCCAACACUCGCAUGCUCGUUUACCACUGUGGGAAGAACGCGAUUUACGAAGCGCUUUACCACGGGGUGCCGGUUCUGUGCCUGCCUGUCAUGUACGAUCAUGUUCAGAUUGGGGCACGGGUAGCCAGACGUGGUGUGGGGAAAACGCUAGAAUUGAACUCUCUCACUUCUGACAAAUUGCGCGACGCUAUGAUUGAGAUAAUACACAACAAAAUGUACUUGGCAAACACCAUGAAGUUAUCAAAGCUUUUCCAUACUUUACAACAGAACCCCCGUCAAAAAGCGGCGUACUGGGUGGAUCAUGUGAUUAAACAUGGCGCUGAGCAUCUUUUAGCUUCAGAUGAUGCGAAUUGGGCAAUGGUACAGCUGGUAGUAGUGUCAACAAUUCUUGUGUUUGCCCUCGUCUCUCCCUUCCUGUUGUUUUGCUUCUGUCUUUUCAAACUGAAAUCUAAAGUUUUUAAAAGAGCUAAGAAAGGCGUGAAAUCCGACUGACCAACUACGCAGUUGUCCUGUACAUUACGUCGUAGUUUCAGAGAUACUGCGAAUAAUUAAACACCGCAUGCCGCUAAUGGAGUUUCCCGUUCAUGGAUUUUUGUGCGAUCUUUUCAGAGUUAUUGUGGUUUCUCGUGUGUUUUUCUUUGUAAUUUGUCGUGGUACAUCCAAAGUUGGGAAACUGGAAUAACACCCAAGAGAUAGUUCAGCAAGUAAAUACAAACGCAUUUUCAGACUCUCGCAAAACCUGAAAAUCCUUCCUCCCUCUAUGACACUAAAAGUUAAAGUUUCGACACACACGUAGAGCCAAAAACACGCGAUAAAAUAAUGUGUAAAACAUUCAGAAAAAACAAAAAUUGUGUUUGCAGCGAUGCAGCACUGUAGCAACAACUAUGGAUCGACAUACUUCACUUGAAGAUUAUUAUGAAAGCAAAAUAUUGUUGAAAGUCACAUUAAAGUAACAGAAAACUCAUUAAUCUCCAGGCGGUAUUAACAUCUAUCAGUGGAAUAUCCGAAAAUGAUAAUAUUGGGGAAUGUCCGUAUGACCUGGCUAUGCUAAUAAUCCGAGGAUGUUUUACGUUGAAGGUUCCCACAAAUAACGUACAUAGAUGUAUAUAGAUGCUGUGCAGUAAUGGAUGUAAUUGGUGUUGUGCAUUUACAAAUUGUGGAGAUGUGGUCUAUAUAUUUUCCCAUAGACCCACAUAACAUAUCAUUGUUAUGGAUGAUGUUUUUUUAAUUUCUCACGGUUAUUAAGGUUUAUAAAUACAUGUAACUGAUCUGUUAUAUUAUUCUCAGUAUGGUCUGAUCAAACGCAUGUAGGAGUAGCUGGCUCUAACUCCGCCAUUUUGCAGGAGUAUUCCUCUGUUUGUCAGGACAAUUGCUGGAGUUUUCAUCAUUUAUAUACAUGUACUUCCAGUGACUACAAUU